AGACAACAAUCGAAAAAAAAAAACAUUCACCACAUUUCCAUUAGGACUGCCUGCCUAACCAACAAAGCACAGCAGAAACCUACGUCCAGGGACAAGAGGAUCCAACUGGGAGGAUGGAGCACCACACGUACGCCAAGAGCGGCUCCAAGAAGUGGUCUGCCCAGGAGAAGAGGGAUCUGGUGGAGCAGCGCAUUGCCGCGGAUGAUCUGUUCUCGAAGUACUCGCCAAAGCACGCGGAGCCAUGGAAGAAAUUCAGGGAAAUCGCCAAGAUUGGUGACUACAGCGAGAAUGCUUUGCGCAAGCAAUGGUUCUCCAUGGUCCAGCGCUACAGAGUCCAUAAGGCCAAUGCCGUGGGCAAGCCGCUGAACCGCCAAACCAUCGAGGAGCUGAACCAGGAGUGGGAGUUCUUUGGCCAGAUUCAUGCCUACAUGAACCAGAAGACCGCCGACCUGCACUCGUAUGCCCUCAAGGAGCCAAAUGUGGAGCCGCCCAACAACAACUUGGCGAUUGCCAGCGUCUACUCCUGCGACGAGAGCCAGUUGUCCCCGUUGAUGCUGGGCGUUCUGAACGACCACAACUUCGGGGAGCGUUCACCCCCGAAUGGAAAUGAUACUGAUGACCUGGAUGAUGUUGACGAUGAGCACCAGCAGCACCAAGGCAAUCAGGAAAAUAACGAGGAGCUGAACAGACUGCUGGCCGAGGCAUCAACAUCGCCAGUACACGAGCCGCCGGAGGAGGAGUUCUGCAUGAUUACCCACGAGAUGGACGAGGUGGAGUGCGGCCCGGUGAUGAUUGGCGGCGAGGUGUCGCUCUCGAAUAGUCGCUACAACGACAUAGAUGCCUCGUCGCAGUCAGAGCUGCUUGUCCAGCCUCAGGCGGAGCCGUUAAAGAUCGAGUCUCAUCGCCGUUUUAUUUCGAAGCCAAAGAAGAAGCGCCUCCGCAAGGGGCUCAGCCAAAAGGAGAAGUAUUAUAGACACCGUCGUCACUUCGAGCAGCGCAUGGAGAAGCGCCUUGCAGGGAUCUGCACUGUAGUGGCAAGCGUGAUUGGUCACACAUUACCAAACGUGGAUGUGAAGCCACUCCUGGAUUUUGGCAGCGAAAUGGCAAACGACUUGCCAUCGCCCAGCAGCAGUGAGAACGAGGACGAGGACGUUGAGGAGGAAGAGGACGAGGAAACGUUCUAGGAGGUAGGGUUUCAAACGAAUCCAGAGCGAAAUGGAUUCAUUCCUAGCUGUUAGUUCCUAGCUGUUUCUCCGCAUCAUAGAAGCCCACAAACACACACACAACACUCCUAUUUCAGCCCAAAAGACUCGGAAAGCAUGAACUCGGAAAGCAUACAAUGCCUGAAAUACAGAAACUACACACAGAAAAACGAAUGAAAGCUCUCGAUUGUGAUGCUGAUGGCCAGGCGCUACACAAAGAAAUGAAUGGAAUGUAUCAAACACCCCUCGCAAGAACCCCAGGUUGAAGCCAUUGCGAAAGCUAUACGCUAUUUUAUACUUUACUAAAAAAAAAGAAACAAAAAACACAACAAACCAUACAAAAAAAGCUAAAGAAAGCUAUUGGAUUUUGUAUAUCCUACGUGUGAUGAAUGUACAUAGAUUUUAGUUUAUGUUUUCUCAUUGCGCGGCUACACUUCAACAAAUUAUGCAUUAAACUUUCGAUCCACCUCAACUAUUGUUACGAAUUGCGAGCCAAUUUGAAUCCUAUUAUGAUAAUUCAUCGGCCAAUAAAAUUACACCAUACAAUUGGCCUUUUGAUUAAAUAAAUAAGAAUUAUAAAUUUGA